UAGAUUAUGAUAUAAUACAUGUGUUUUGUGCUAAGUGCCGCGCUUACUUACGUUUAAUUGAAGAGAAAACAAAGAGAAUGUGGAUGUUAAUUUUAUAAUUAUUGUAUAUAGUUAUAGAUAUUCGCAAUAUAAUAUUUAUAUAAAGUAUAAUAUUAUUCAUGUGAUUUGUUAAAGUAAUUUAUACUUUUUUCUGUAUAUAAAGGUUAAAUAUAAAAAAAAUAAAAUAUUUUAUAUUGAUUAUAAUAAAUUGAAAAAUUUUUAAAUAUUAUUUGAUGCUAUAUAUAAUUCCUUAUUAAAUAUAAAAAAUAAUGUCAAAUACAAUAAGUGGAAAAAAUUUGUUAAGACCUACUGGAUUGCAAUGUAAAAAUCUUCAAGAAUAUUUAAAAUCACGUCCAUCAGAAGUAUUAAAUAAAUUAUAUCAUAAUCCUCCAAUUUGUUUGGCUGUUUUUCGUGAAUUGCCAGUAAUAGCAAAACAUUAUGUUAUGAGAUUAUUAUUUGUUGAACAACCUGUUCCUCAAGCAGUCAUUGCUUCUUGGUGUUCCAAGCUUCAUUUUGAAGAACAUCAAAAAGUAGUUCUAAUACUUAAUGAACUAAAUGUGUGGAAUGAAGCAUCAAUACCAGGUGGACUUCCUGGAUGGAUUCUAAAUACAACAUUCAAGAAAAACUUAAAAAUUGUUCUUUUGGGUGGUGGAAAACCAUGGACAAUGUCAAACCAAUUAGAAACUGAUAGCAAACCUAGAGAUGUUGCAUUUUUAGAUUCAUAUGCACUAGAAAGGUGGGAAUGUGUAUUACAUUAUAUGGUUGGUUCACAGCAACAAGAAGGUAUAUCUGCUGAUGCUGUUAGAAUUCUUUUACAUGCUGGAUUAAUGAAGCGAGAUGAAGCUGAUGGAAGCCCAGUUAUUACACAAGCAGGUUUUCAAUUUUUAUUAUUGGAAACUGCAUCACAGGUGUGGUAUUUUAUUUUACAAUAUUUAGAUACAAUAGAAGCAAGAGGACUUGAUUUGGUUGAAUGUCUUACUUUUUUAUUCCAAUUAAAUUUUUCAACACUUGGUAAAGAUUAUAGUACUGAAGGAAUGUCUGAAGGUUUAUUAACAUUUUUGCAACAUUUAAGAGAAUUUGGUCUUGUUUAUCAACGGAAACGAAAAGCAGGAAGAUUUUAUCCUACAAGAUUAGCACUAAAUAUUGCAACUGGACAAAACAAACCAUUAUCUAGAGAUCCAGAGAAAGAAGGUUAUAUUGUUGUUGAAACAAAUUACAGAGUAUAUGCUUAUACAAAUUCAAAUUUACAAGUUGCUUUACUUGGUUUAUUUUGUGAAAUGUUAUACAGAUUUCCAAAUUUAGUUGUAUCAAUAUUAACAAGAGAUUCUGUACGCCAAGCCUUAAAAAGUGGAAUUACUGCUACACAAAUUGUUGGUUAUUUACAGCAACAUGCUCACAGUAAAAUGAUAGAAGCAGGUCCACCAAUUUUACCUCCUACUAUAGUAGAUCAAAUUAAACUGUGGGAAAAUGAAAGGAAUAGAUUUAUAUUUAGUGAAGGAGUUUUAUACAGUCAAUUUCUUUCUCAAACUGAUUUUGAAGUACUUAGAGAUCAUGCUCUCUCUACUGGAGUAUUAAUUUGGCAAAGUGAAAGAAAACGAACAAUGGUAGUUACAAAAGCAGGACAUGAUGAUGUAAAAAAAUUUUGGAAACGAUAUUCUAAAGGUUCCAGUUAAUAUAGUAAGAAUAACAUUAGAAAGCAAUUACAUUUGUUCAUAAAUAACAAAUUUAUAGUAAAAUUUCAUCUUGAAUUAUAA